AUGACACCCACUAGCACCUUCUUGGAACCGGUGGCUAUUAUAGGCAUGGCCUGUGAAUUUGCUGGUGAUAUUCAUAAUCCAAAUGAUCUAUGGCAUGCAUUGGAUGAAAGUCGGGAUGUCGGUAGCGCAAUACCUCGUGAUCGGGUUGAUUUUGAAUCAUAUUGCGCUCAUAUGUUCAAUAUGGAUAAUCAUGGACAGUUUCAUGAAAAACUUAUUCGUGCAGGAUAUUUCCUCUCCAAUAAGCAAUGGGAUAUGUUCGACGCAAGCUUUUUUGGUCUAUCCGAUGCUGAAGCAGGCAGUGUUGAUCCAUGUCAUCGAUUACUCAUGCUCAAAUUUGUUCAUUUGCUUGACGAUGCUGGCUACACUAUCGAUAAAAUGAAUGGGUCACGAACUUCUGUCCACAUCGGACAGUUUUCCAAUGAUCAUACUUAUACAACAUUUCGCAUGAAGCCAGAACAUCGAUCCAGAUUUCAUGGACCAAAUAGUUUUCUGUACAAUGCUGCUGCUCGUUUAUCCUAUCAUUUCAAUUUGCAAGGUCCUACCGUAUCGAUGGACGUUGCCUGUUCAUCGUCGCUGAGCGCAGUACAUUCAGCUAUGCAAACUCUUCGUGUACGUGAAGCAGAUAUGGCUGUAUGUGGCGGCGUAAAUAGUAUCUAUUCUCCAGAGAAUUUUCUAUGGAGUUCAGUAGCUGGUGCUGAAUCACCUGAUGGACGAAGUCGAUCGUUUAGUGUUGAUGCUAAUGGUUAUGCUAAAGGUGAUGGUCUUGGUCUUCUUUUGUUGAAACGACUAACUGAUGCUGAACGCGAUGGUGAUCGCAUCUAUUGUGUUAUUCGUGAUGCACUUAGUGGUCAAGAUGGAAAUGAAGAUAAGAGUAGUUUUACUGUUCCAUCGGGUGUAGGACAAGCACGUCUACUAACUGAAAUUUACUCAAGAACAAAAUUUGAUCCUCGGCAAAUUUUUUAUGUUGAAGCUCAUGGUACUGGUACCCCCGUGGGUGAUCCUAUUGAAGCAAAUUGUUUAGGUCGAUUUUUCAAUCGAUCAUCUCUUGAUCCUCCAUUAUUGAUUGGUUCUGUUAAGAGCAACCUAGGGCAUACAGAAGGAGCAGCUGGUGUUGCAUCACUCAUCAAAGUUGCCAUGUGUAUGUACCAUCGAACUAUUCCACCAAGUAUGCAAUUCACAUCAUUGAAUCCGAAAAUAGAAGCACAACGAUACAAUCUUCACGUUGUUCAACAUUCUGUACCAUUUCCUCCUCAUCGUACUGCUGAACCAAUAGCUAUAGGUAUCAACUCGUUUGGUAUGGGCGGUUCUACUGCACAUGCCAUUGUUGAAGAAUACCAACCAAUUGUAACACCCAUCAUUAAUGGACAUAUAUAUGAUCAUUAUAAUGGAAAUCAACGAGAAAAUAAACAAUAUUUCAUCUUUAUUUUCUCAACAAAAAGUCGUCAAUCUCUCAAUGAUCAACUGAUCCAAUUCAAUCGUUGGUUAGAAACAAAACCAGUUAAUAAUAUAGAUGAUGAUCAAGCUUUUCUUCAACGUAUAUCUCAACAACUUCUUCUUAAAAGAACUAUUAGUUAUCAACAUUUAGCAAUCUUUGUUUUUCUUAAUCGUCAACAAUUGCAAGAACAAAUCAAUGCUCUUCUUACUGAACAAACAUUAGCAGGCUUUUCAAUUGUAUUACGUCCAACAAUACCAUUAUCACAGAAAAUAUGUUUUGUUUUUAGUGGACAAGGUCCACAAUGGUGGGCUAUGGGUAGACAAUUAUAUGAAAGUGAACCUAUUUUUAAUAAAUGGAUUAAUUUAAUUGAUGGAGAAAUGACAAAAAUUAAUAAUGGUGAAUGGAGAUUAUUAGAAGAAUUAAUUGAAAAGAAAACUGAACAAGAAUCUCGUAUUAAUGAUACAAAUAUUGCUCAACCAACAUUAUUUGCUAUACAAGUUGCAUUAGCAGCUUUACUUGUUUCUUGGAAUAUUUAUCCAUCAUCUAUAAUAUCACAUAGUGCUGGUGAUCAAGCCGCUGCUUUUGUUGCUGGUCGUUUAAGUUUAGAAGAAGCUGUUCGUGUUGUUUAUCAUCGAUCACGUCUUCAAAAUCGUAAUACAAGACAAGGUGGCCGUAUGUUAGCUGUUUCAAUGAGUGAAGAAGAAGUAAACGAAAAACUUCUCAAAGGUAUUGAACAUCUUGUUUGUAUUGCUGUUAUUAAUAGUCCUCGUUCGGUUACGCUAAGUGGAGAUGAGAAAACUAUUGAUGAAUUACAACAAAUACUUACAAAACUUUAUCCAAAUGUUUUUAAAGCUCGUCUUCGCAUAGAAAAUGCAUUUCAUUCUCAUCAAAUGGAUCGAUUUGAUAUUGAAAAAGAAAUGCUAUCAUCAUUGAAAGAUAUUGGUGGACUUCCUUUAGUAGAUCCACAACAUAUGUUUCAUCCAAAAUGUGCGCAAGCACGUCUCUAUUCAAGUGUUGUGGGUGGUCGAUUAAGUGAUGAGACGCCCGUCGAUGCUCGUUAUUGGUGGUCAAAUGUGCGACAAUGUGUUCGAUUUUAUGAUGCUAUCACAUCUAUUACAAAUGAUGGCAAUGCAAGUGUUUUUCUUGAACUGUCACCACAUCCAGUAUUGGCAACAUCGAUUCAAGAAUGUUACCAAUCGAUAAAUCAACAACCACUUAUUCUUCCAACAUUAAAACGAAAAGAAAAUGAACAAAUAACAUUACUUACAAGUUUAGUACAGCUAACAACAUCAUCUCAUGUUUGGCAACAAUAUUUUCAUACUCGAAAUGUAUUACCUAUGAAAGAAAACGAGCAACUUUUCGAUGAUUUUCCAUUAUAUUCAUUUCAUCUUGUUCCAUGUUGGUAUGAAUCAAAAGAUGCAGUUAUCAAACGUCUAGCUAAUCGUAUUCCUAUUCAUCCUUUGCUUGGUGUACGUCAAUUAACAGGACAAACAACUGCGACAUGGAAAAGUCUUAUCAAUAUUAAUUUACCAAAAUAUGCUUAUUUAAAAGAUCAUAAAAUUCAAGAUAUAAUUCUUUUUCCUGCUGUUGCUUUUGUUGAACUUGCUACAGCUGCAUGCCAUCAACUACUUUCACCAACAACAGAUGAUAAACAACCGACAAUUAUUUUUGAACAAGUCAAAUUCAUCAAAGCACUUGUGCUUACUGAACAUGAAUUGAUAGAAAUAUUUACACAAAUUAUCAUGCCAAUGCGUGAAUGGUACAUUUAUAGUCGACCAUGGUCAUCAGCUGGUUCGAAUUGUAUGCGUUCGUCAGGUAUGGCCAGUGCUGACAUGAUUGAUUCUUUUCUCGAUCAACAUACACUAAGUCAAUUUUCCUUGAAUGAGUUCACUUUACAUGCGCAUGGUCAAAUUGAAAUCAACAAUAUUAUUCAACAAAAAUCAACAACACUGCUGAAUAUUGAUACAAUUCAUUACACAUGGUCGACACAUGAUACCACAAAUGUUUAUAAUCAUCUAUCAACACGAGGUUAUCAAUAUGGAUCUUCUUUUCAAAAGAUACAAUCAUUACAUGGCACAACAUCAUCAGUUGUAGCUCAACUGUCAAAUGAUCUUAGCGCAAAAAAUGAUCUUUCAUCUUAUCAUCUACUUCAUCCAACUUUAAUGGAUGCGUGUCUUCAUCCACUUCUAACUUUGUUACCUGGUUUCGACACCACAUUUAUUCCAGUUAGUGUUCAGAAGAUUGUCAAUAAAGGCAAAAUGAAUCUAUCUUAUUCAAAUCUAGAAGUACGAGGAAAAUAUCAUGAUAAUAUAAGUGGUUUAGGACAAGAAGGAACAUAUACACUAGAUUUAUCAAUUAUGCCAAUUGAUAGUAAUACAGAAGAGCCAAUAUUUACUUUCGAAGGUGUUACUCUUCAACAAAUUUCAGGUGCACAAUCUGGUCGAUGGACAUUAGAGAAAUCCAUUUUUGAUAAAUUAAAUAUCACAGUUGAUUUGCCUAAUGUCGAUCAUAGAGAACAUAUAGAUAGUCUUCUAAAAGACUAUUGUAUGAAACAAGUAUGGAAUGAUUCACCAAUAAUAACAAGUGUAGCUGAUUUAUUUCCAUCACCUGAGAAGAUUCUUAAUAGUAAAAUCGAUAAUGUUAGCAAUCAAGAUGUAGUUGAAUCAAUUGAACCAUUCAACAAACUAGCUGCAUAUUAUGCUCAACAAUCACUAGCAGAGCUCGAUUUAAGUCUUGUUGAUGAUCAAUAUCGUCCUUUAUUGAAUACUUGCUACUUCUUAACCUCACUUUUAUGCGAACAAGUAGCAUUACACUCUACACAACUUUGUCUUAUACAGCUGCUCGAUCGUUUUCCACGUCUCGAACCAAUUCUGACCUUAUUAAACGCGUAUGGGUCGCGAUUAAAAGCCAUUUUUACAGGACAACAGAGUGGAGUGGAUGUAUUCUUAGGAAACGAUGAUACCGGACGUCUUUUACAACAAGUAAAAAACAUCAUGAGUGCAAAUAAAACAGAAAUGGUAUUUGAUGUAAUUGAUCAACAUCUUCGGGUUGAACAUAAACGAAAUAGCUAUGGCUCACUUAGCCACUAUCGAUUGCGCAUAUGUUGGUUUGCUAGUAGUGAAUGUUCGGAUGUCCUUCCUAUUCUUGAUCUGUUGCUCAAUUUAUCACAUCAUACAGAUCUAUGGAUUGACUUUCAUUAUGCGAAUAUGGACACGACACAACUUGCACAAGCCGAACAAAUAUUUGAAACACGUUUCGCUGAUCAAACUCGUUUAUCGAUUACAUACGAUCAAACACUUGAUUUGUUUAACAGUGAAACAUUUACCAAAAUACCGAUCGAAUCAUUCGAUAUUAUUUUUGCUGCAAAUCAGCUUCCAAGAAAUGAAGAUUUAGCAGAAUCUCUUAUCAAUCUUCGUCGCGUACUUGUUCCUAAUGGUCUUCUUUUAUUGCUUGAAUUAAUUGGUGUUCCUCUAUAUUUUGAUCUUAUACUAGGUCUACUUGAUCAAUGGUGGUCAUCAUACAAUAAUACUCGUGCUUUGAAUGAUAUCCAACAAUGGAUCACAGUUUUAAAACAAAUAGGUGGAUUUACAACUGUUACGCCAAUAUGGAGUCAAUACGAAAGUACACUAAUUAUAGCUCAGAAAACGAUGUCUCACGAAAUACUACAGACACUUGAUGAAAGAAAACAUCAAAGAUGGCUUCUCUUUGCCAAAGAUGAUGUUGAAAGUCUUGGCAAGAAUAUGAUCUCGUUUUUACCAUGUACAAAUUAUCAAUUCUUUGAUAUUCAUAAUUCAGUCCCAGAAGUAAUUCGUUCCGAAAUUGAAGAAAUGGUAACAACACAUACACAAUUGUAUAUUGUUUUUGCAUGGCCACUUGAACAAACAUUACUUGAUGAUGACGGUGAUUUAGCAUUCAAACAACAUGAAGAAAUUAUGUGCAGUACAUUAUCUCUCAUUCUUCAAACAAUUCAUACAAAAUCUUCUCAUUUUCAUCCAUUUGUGUUUGUUAUCACGCAUCAUGCGCAGCUUAAUAUCGGUUCUGAUUGCAAUUUAAUCACAUCACCAAUUAUUGGGCUUGCGCGAAGUUUGAUGAUUGAAUACGAGCCACAUCGAUUAAAACUGAUUGAUCUACAAGCAUCACUGACAUCAAUCAACAAGCCAAUAUUUGCGCGUGCUUUAAUACAACAUAUGAUGAAUUCUCGAUAUUCAAAUAAUACGUCUGAAAUUGUUUUGCAUCUUGACACGAACGAAAAUCAAGUCAAACAUAUAAAAUGGCAUUUUGAAAUGCUUCAAAAAUCUGUUGAUGAUGAUAAUAAUAAACAAGAGAAAUCUAAAUUAGAACAAAUUUCUAUUAUUCCUAAACGAGAUGCUGAUCAAAAACCAUUUCGUAUUUGUGUACCACAAUCUCGUUUUCUUUCUGAAUUAACAUGGAUUGAAGAAGAUAGAGAAAAAGACUUAUUACCAGGUAUGGUAGAAGUUCGCGUUCAUUGUGUUGGUAUUAAUUUUCGUGAUGUACUUAAAUCACGUGGUUUGUAUCCACAUACACGUACUUUUGCACAAUCUGAUGAAGAUCAACCAAAAGUUAAUCGAGAUACAGAACCAGGUUCAGAUUUUGUUGGUACUAUUGUACGUGUAGGUCCUACAACUAAUUUUCAGGUUGGUGAUCAUGUUCUAGGUACUAGUAGUCUUGGUGCAUACCAUUCUCAUAUUAUAAUUAAUUCACAACUUAUAAUACGUAUUCCAUCUGAAUGCCCACUUACCGAUGAACAAUUAUGUGGUAUGCCAACUCCACUUCUAACAGUUAUAUAUUCUCUUAAAUAUCGUGCUCGUUUACAAGCUGGUCAAACUGUUCUUAUUCAUGCUGCAACAGGUGCUGCAGGUCAAAUGUGUAUUCAAUAUUGUCAAUUUAUUGGUGCUCGUGUUAUUGCUACAGCUGGAACUGAUGAAAAACGACGUUUUCUUCAUGAACAUUAUGGCAUUGAACAUGUAUUUAAUAGUCGAGAUGCUUCUUUUGUUAAUAAUAUACGUCAGAUUCUUCCACAAGGUGUUGAUGUUAUUGUUAAUUCAUUAUCAGAUAAUUUACUAAAAGAAUCAAUUAAAUUAUUAGCAUAUCAUGGUAAUUUUGUUGAAUGGGGCAAACGAGAUGUUUAUCAUAAUGGGAAUUUAUCAAUGUUUCAAUUACGAUCAGAUUGUAGUUUUCAUGUGAUUGACUUCACUGGACUUGUUGAUCAUGUAUUACCUAUUAUUCGUCUUAUGCUAGAAGAAGCAAUUGAUUUAUUUGUUCAAUGUAAAUUACGUGCUGUUGAACCAACAGUUAGUUAUGAACCAUCUCAAGUAAUAGAAGCAUUAUUAAGAUGUAAUAGUGAUCAAGUUAUGGGUAAAACAGUUUUUCGUAUAACUUCAUCUGAUCAACCAUUAAAUAUUAAUAAAAAACAAUCUAAUAGUUUAUUAAAAGUUGUAAGUGAUAAUACAAUGUUUCCAUCAGAAGUUUGUAAUCAAGGAACAGUUUUAAUAUCUGGUGGUUUUGGUGGUCUUGGUUUAACAAUGUCUCGUUGGAUGAUAGAGAAACGCUAUGUUAAACAUAUAACACUGAUGAGUCGUCGAACCUUAGCUGAACUUGAGCAAUCUUCCAAUCCGCAAUAUGAUGAUUGGUUACGAUUGAAACGAACAGUAAAUGAAUAUAAUGCUCAUGUUGAUGUUGUACAAGCAGAUGUAACAAAUUUUCAACAAGUUCAUGAUUUGAUUGUAAGACUUAAUCAAAGCUCUUAUCCUGUUCGAGGUAUUAUUCAUAGUGCUGUUAUUGCAGAAGAUCGUACUCUCAGUAAUUUAACACAAGAACAUAUAACACGUGUUCUUGCACCAAAGGCUCGCGGUGCUUGGAUUCUUCAUCAAGUAACACAACUUACUCAUACUCCGCUUCACUUUUUUAUUAUGUUUUCAUCAAUUCGAAAUCAUCUCCUUGAAUUAGCAUCUGCCGGUUACAAUGCUGGUAAUCAAUUUCUUGAUGCUCUUGCACAUUAUCGUAUGCAAAAACUCAAUUUACCAGCUCUGUCUAUCAGUUUACCAGCAGUGAGCGGUGCUGGCAUGUUUCAUAGACAACGAGAAUGGUUAACAAGUUUUCAAACGACACAAGGCUUUGAAUUAGUACCAACAGUGGUCGUAUUUGAAUUGAUAGAACGUUUUCAUAAACAUCAGAAUAAUUGUCCAUGUCCCAUUAUUUUUGCUGUUAACUGGCAAACUUUGUAUGAAAGACGCCACAAACUAGCAACAUUCCAGUUAGCUCAAAUAGCACAGCAACGCUUUGUCGAAAUGAAGCUCAGCAACACAUCUGUAUCAUCAAGAAUCGACGGUACGGCUAGUUUUGACUUGAAUAAAAAGGAGACUAUUAUUGAGCGAACUCAGGAAGCUGUAGCUCGCCUCUUAGGUGCAGGUAGUGUCGAUCGUAUAUUGAUUGAUCGUUCACUUGUGAGUCAAGGCAUGGAUUCAUUAGCUGCUAUCUCACUGUACAAUUGGUUGGGACAAGAAAUUGGUGUCUAUAUACCAUUAGCUGAUCUACUUCAAGGGUAUUCUAUUGAAACAAUUGCAACAGUUAUAUAUAAUAAGCUCCACGAACAACAACAAGUUACCACAGCAAUUACUAAAGAACAUAAUGUAGACUCUGAUCUGAUCGAUGAAAAUAAUAUCAAAUUAUCUAAUACGUCCGUACACACUAGUACAGAAAAUAUCAUUUGUAUUCAACGUCCGACUCAAAAACAUAGUUCUAUUCUCUUCUAUGUCUCGGAACAGCCAAUCACUGAUACUGACGAGUCCUUUGCACUAUUUAUGCACAAAUUAUCUAAACAACAAAGUGAAAUAGUAACAGCUACUAUCUAUGUUAUACAAAUGCCGUUAACGAUAUUAGAUACAAGUACGUCUGCUUAUGCUCAAAAUAUGAUCUCGCAAAUGCGUCGUAUUCAACCACGCGGAGCUUAUCAGUUAGUGGCUAAUCGCAACAAACAAGAAGAAAUCAUUGCACGUGAAAUGAUACAACAGCUUAACAAUCAUUCAAUGAUAAUCGAUGUGCGAUUGAUUCUUUUGGAUGAUUAG